AUGGGGAAAGAUAAUUAUUGUAGUGAUGAAGAUGAUGGCGAGGACGAAAAUGAAAGUUUUAAAAAUAUUGGAGAAGCAGUUUUUGAAAAUAUUGGCGAAGUUGUCAGUGAUAAAGACACUGAAACUUUUGAUAUGAAGUUUGAAUAUUUCUUGGAUCUUACCGCUAAUAACUCACCUGUUUUCAUCAAUAACAACGACAGCAUUAACAUUUAUAACAACAGCGAUUUCAAUGCAACUCUCACCAACGAGUUAACUUUUGAUGAUGAUUUGGAUAAGACCUUGGUCUUUGUGUACCUAGAUGAUGACAUCAGCGACGGCUUCAUUGCUGAUGAGGAUGAAUUUUUCAUCGCUGCAUCUCUGAUCGACAGGAAUUAUGUCAACGACGAAUCUAACAUCGUGCACCAAAGCUAUCCGUCAGUCAAAUAUCGCAAACACGAUAAAAAUGCAACGCAGUCAAAUAUCGCUUUCGACACCAAUAAAAUCAAUCGCUUUCCAAUAUCAAAUAUUCAACAACCCUAUUCAAUAUCUCGCAUGUCAUUAUACACCCGUCUUACCGACGCUUCUCGAACGUCCUGGAUAUCACGCUAUGGAUUGCCUGGAAAACAAGCGCUGAAUUACAUUCAGAAAUUACGAGGUCUAAGAGGUUACAACACUAGUGUUAGAAGUAUGAUCUUCAGGAGAUUACACACUGGUGACAGAAGUAACUGUAAACUCAGUGCAGUAAAGAACGCCAUGGCUAGGAGAACUCAAAAUAAUUAG